AUGCAAGCCAGUUCUCCCACACGAGCCGUGAAGGAUGAGCCUAUGGAGGAGGAAGAGGUCAUGCCUGCUGAUGUCGCCAACCCAGCCGUAGACGACGAUGCCGAAAUUCAACAGACAGAAGAUACUGCCACAGCGACGGCUUCACAAGGCGAUAAGGAUACCAAGAAAGAUGUCAAACUGGAAGAUCUCUUUGACGACGACUCGGAUAUGGAGGUGGACGACAGCAUAUUUACACCAACAAAUGUGGUCAAUCUCAAAGCGUCCGACCCCGAAAUUAUGCGACAAUUCUACCAGCGUCUCUUCCCGUGGCGUCUGCUCUUCCAAUGGCUGAAUCACAGUCCGACCCCUACCAACGAUUUUGGCAACCGAGAGUUCGCCUUCACACUCCAGAACGACGCCUACUUGCGGUACCAGUCCUUUGCGACUGCGGAUCUCCUCCGGAAAGACGUCCUGCGCCUCAUGCCCUCACGUUUCGAAAUCGGACCCGUCUACAGCGCCAACCCGCGCGACCGCAAGCAACUCGGCAAGACAUCUGCCUUCCGGCCCCUGGCCAAGGAGCUCUGCUUCGAUAUCGACUUGACCGAUUACGACGACGUGCGCACGUGCUGCGACAAGGCAAACAUCUGCAACAAGUGCUGGCAGUUUAUGACCAUGGCGAUCAAGGUGGUCGAUGCCGCACUGAGGGAAGACUAUGGGUUUCAGCACAUCAUGUGGGUGUACUCGGGACGAAGAGGUGCUCACGCGUGGGUGUGCGACAAGAAGGUCAGGUCAAUGGACGACCAGAAGAGGAGGGCCAUCGCUGGAUACCUUGAGGUGGUCAAGGGCGGCGCACAGAGUGGGAAGAGGGUCAACCUGUGGCGGCCGCUCCACCCUCAUCUUGCCCGAAGUCUUGAUAUCCUCAAGGAACAUUUCCAGCAAGAUGUGCUAGAGUCACAAGAUCCCUGGGACACUACACAACGCGCUGAACGCCUGCUUGGGCUGCUCCCCGACCAAACGCUCCGAGACUCGCUCCGCAGCAAAUGGGAUGCAGCACCAGGACGAUCGUCCAUGUCAAAAUGGGCCGACAUUGACGCUGUUUUCAAGAGCGGUGCCGCCAGUAAGAAGUUCGACGGAAAGGCGCUCCUCGAAGCCAAGCAGGAUAUAGUCCUCGAGUACACAUAUCCCCGUCUUGAUAUCGAGGUCAGCAAGAAGCUCAACCAUUUGCUCAAGAGUCCGUUCGUCGUGCACCCCGGCACCGGCCGCGUGUGUGUGCCGAUCGACCUCAAGGCGCUGGAGGACUUUGACCCGUUGGAAGUGCCCACGGUGCAAGGCCUGCUGGCAGAAAUUGAUGCCUAUCAAGGGGCUGAGGGCGAAGAGAAGAAGGGUGUCGCGGACUGGGAGAAGACGAGCCUGAAGCCAUACAUUGAUCAUUUCAGGUUAUUCGUCAACGGUAUCAUGAAGGAUGAAAAGGCAACAGUCGUCAAAAGGGAGAGGGAGGACGAGUCGAUGGAAUUUUGA